AUGAGCUUAGAGGAGGCAUCUGAAGAUGCCAGUAAUAGUGUAAAUGUUCAAAAUAACGAAAUAGAGAGGCAGAAUGCCGAGGAUAUUGACCGUUCUUCUGUGGCUUCCUCUUCCUCUGAUGAAUACUUUUUAAGUGACGAUGAAGACUUGAGUGCUGGGUUGACAGACGGACAUGAGCGGCUAAUUGGAUACUCUUCCACUAUAGGAGACCACUCUUCUUAUCUCUCGCAGACAUUUUCAAAUGCCAUGGACUCCGUGCAAUUAGAUAAGUCUUUGGUCACUCAAGCUCAACUAAGCGGACAGUUGAAUAACUACAACCAAAAACUCAUUGACAAGAGGAAUGAGGUUUUGACGAAAUUGCAGGACUUGCAGAAUUUAUACAAGAGCCAUUUUGACCCAGGUGAGAAGAGAAUAUCCAAAUUGGAACAAUUGCAAACAGAUAUACAUAUGAUUGAGUCUAAAAUAGAAAAGCUUAAGUACGGUACCCAUGGAUUAGAUACUGGGAUCAUGUCGCUUUUCAAAAACCAGAAAUCUGGGGUAAUUCAAAAAUUCCCGAUAGAGUACAACCAAGCACGAGAUAAAGUUAUUGAGAGACAAAUUGAGGAAUGA